AUGAUUAGUUUAACCAUGAUAGUCAGUUCUGCCUUAACAAUAUGGAGAAUUUUAAUGAUAAUAACAUAUAGUGAUUCUCCCAUAGUAGUAGUAUUGAGUGGAAGUAUGGAACCUUUAUACUACAGAGGAGAUAUAUUAACAUUAUAUAAUCGUGAGGAAAAAAUAUAUACAGGAGAUGUUGUAGUUUAUAAAAACGGAGAUUAAGAAAUUCCUAUAGUGCAUAGAGUUAUAGCAAUUUAAGAAAAAGAUGGAGAAGAUUACUAUAUAUUGACAAAAGGAGAUAAUAAUUUAAGUGAUGAUAGAGGAUUAUAUUAAAAUAGAAAAAUAUGGCUUCAUAAAAAAGAUAUUUUGGGAAAAAUUAAAGGAUAUUGUCCGUAUUUAGGAAUUGUUACAAUUAUUCUAAAUGAUUAUCCAAUGGUAAAGUAUGUCACAUUAGGUCUAAUGGGACUGUUUGUUCUUAUUGCUAAAGAUCCUUAAGGUUGAAAUCAG